UUUAGAGAUAUUGAAAAGUGCCGAAAAUGGAAGGAAAACGCGGACCGAUCUUAACGCUCGCCAAGCUGUGUCUUUUAAUCGUAUUGAUAGUACAUAAUGUUUAUGCGUAUCCAUAUCCAGUUAAUCAAAAAGAGAAGGACACUAAUUUCAAUAAAAGUCGAGCAAAAAAACAAGGCGAGAAAUUCGUUGAAAAACUUUUUGAUAAGGAUGAAUCUCUCGCUUCCGAAGAAUGGUCUGACAGCAACGACGGUAGACCGACCAGGAGGGUCCAAAGAGAUACUUCGGACACAUCUUCGAAAUCCCUGGCAAGAAGUUUCAUAAGUCAGCAUAAAGGUUCAUCGUCCCAGGAGAUGCAGUCGGAUGGUAAGAUUGUAUUUCCGGGAGAAACAAAUAAUCAGGUACCGGUUUGCAAGGGGUCCACGUAUUGCGAGAAGAUUAAUUCUUACCCUCGAGAUUUAGUAACUACCGCGAUCCACCGGAACGAAACUCUCAAGUACCUCGCAGGUGUAGACGUACUAUCCGAUAUAGAGCAGAGGAUCGAUCCGAUGGAUGACACACCUCUCUGCGUAUCGACCGAGCAAGUGAUAUUUCCUCAAUCGGCAGAGAAUAAGGAGAAUCAAUGGAAAUAUAUUGCAAAUCAAGAAAAUUUCAAGCAGGGUGUACGGAUCGAAAAGUGUAGCAAGGAGAAUGUCAGUUGUAACGUGAUUGGUAAUCUCGCCGAAGGCUAUACAACAAAGUGUAAACAAAAAUACGUGUAUAGACAACUCGCGGCAGUAUUAUCGGAUGGUACUGUUGUUCCGGACACUUUCAAGUUUCCAUCGAGUUGCUGUUGCCACGUAUCAUUUGUUGGAAAUCCGUAUACAAGGAUGGGUGUCAUCGGUGGGGUUGAAAAGAGUCAAUUCACGCCUGUUAAAACGCGUAGGAGAAAAUGAACGUUGUUACGAAGAAAUCAAGGAAAUCAUCUUUUCAACAGCUUUCAUCGAUGCCCUGUUGAUUCUAGAGAGACUUUGGACAAAUAUGUAUUUACAGUACAUUUAUUAUUAACGAGAAACGAAUCGCGAAAACCAUUCCAUAGAUUGGAGUAAAAUAUUACGAAUUCUUGUAGCAAACAAACAAAAUGUCUCUAAAUGAAUGUAUGCAUAAAUGUUUGAGUGCAAGAUAAUUUGUAAAUAUCGAAAUCGCGUUUUUUUGCAAGUUACCCAGGCACUUUUGUAAAUAUUUUAAUUUUUUUAAAGAAUGAUAUGAAAUACGCGAAACAGUCUACCAGCUUAACUGGUGAAGUUAUAAAUCUUGCGAAUGAUAAAAGACUCGCAGGCGUUUCUUCAGUAAUCCAUAAUUCAUGGAUAUUUAAAAUAUAAUUUAAGGAGGCAGCAUGGCUGUCGAUAUAUGUACGUAUAUCAUGCAUUCAAUGGUAAAGUACAAUUUAAUUAGACGUGUUUAUGUAUACAAUUUCUGACUGCACAAAAUAUUCUUUUCAAAGCGAUUAUUUCUUCAAUUGUUUCGUGUUUCCGAAGCUUAUGAAAUAUUUGUGGAAGGAGGCUUUUAAAAGAAUAUUUUGUAUAAGAGGUACGAAGAAAGUCUCUGAAGCGAACGUAAAUCUGUAUUAUGUGAUAUUAUAGUCAUUGAGAUCAAUGUUGUGAUUUUGAAUUUAGGAAUACCAUUUAUUUUGUACCUAAUUUCACCGAUAACAAAUAGUCUUCCGCAGAUUAAAAAAACAAGUAUUCAACGAAUACAACGUGGAGCAUUUAAAGGAACAAUAAUACAUUUGUUAUUGGUAAGGUACCGUGUUAUAUAUAGUUGUUUUUAUACACACACACACGCGCGCGCGCGCGUAUAUAUACAUAUAUGUAUAUGUGUAUAUUUAACUGUAUGAAACGAGAUGCAUUAUAAUUGAUCUAUGAACGCCACUUGUUGUUUUAUUGUUAAAAAAUGUAAUUAAAUAUACUGAAUGAAGUUGAAAAUAAAAUAUUUUGUCUUAU